CUGCAGAAGUACAGAGGUUCAUCAUUAUCCGUACAGGCUCCAAUUAACAUAUUCUAGCCGAUACUAUUCGCUCUAGAAUGAGAUUCUUCGCGCAAUCCCUGAAGGAAGGAUAGGGUCUUUGUGUUCAAUGGGUGGAGGUCACCUCUUGAGCCUCUUUCAACUGCCGACAGCACCACAGAAUGCACCCAGUUUAACGGUCUUGAAUGGCGCCAAUUAGGCUCAUCUUAGAGGCGAUGACCGCACCAGAGUCAUCUAGAGUGGCUUGGGAGAUGGACUGUGACCGGUUCUAUCCAGAAUGGCUCUGCCCCUACAGCGUAUCAGCGAGUUUUGCACCUUUCGCAGUGCACAAUGUCGUCCCAUAUACACCGUAACGCACCCUUCAGAGCGGAGCAUCUUGGCUCCUUGAAACGCCCACAAUUAUUGCUGGAUAAACGUUUCGCGGUAGACAAGAAUGAGGCAAUUUCAAAAGAUCUCACCCCUCUUGAGGACCAGGCCAUCAAAGAGAUCGUGCAGACGCAAGUACAGUUGGGGCUCAGGGCUGUUUCGGAUGGAGAGUAUCGGAGGCAUAUGUUCUGGCGAACCUUUAUCCCUGGAUUAGAUGGGUUUGGAAAAAUUCAGAACCCUGAUAUUGAGCUCUUCCGUCUUUAUGUGCCUGACAUUGCUGCCUUUACAGAAUCGGGACAUGAACCCGGAGAGACUGUAAUUUGCACUGGAAAAAUCAAGCAUACAGGACAGAGCGCAUAUGUCGGACAGGUCGAAUAUCUGAAGACGCUGCUUCCGAAGGAAAGAUGGGGAGAGAUGAAACUCACCCUGGCCGCCCCGAUCUACGGCUCAUUCCCUACUUCUUUCGAUGAUUUCUGCUCCGAGAAGAUGAUUGAGGGAUGGAAGAGCGAUAAGGACAACUCGACAACGAUCAAAGAAUUAUUCCAUGCUUACAUCAAUUUCUAUAACGAGCGUAUAUCAAAGGCUCCCGCCUACAUGCAUAUUGGCAUUCAUCUUUGCAGAGGGAACUUUGUGAACUCUCGCCACUUUUCCGAUGGUGGCUACGAUCGUAUCGCCACGAAGCUAUUUCGAGAUUUCAACGUGUCUACUUUUUAUCUCGAGUAUGACACUCCCCGCGCCGGGAGAUUUGAUCCGCUUCAGAGCCUGCCAAAGAACGAGAAUGUCAUCCUUGGCGUCAUCACAAAGCGCAUUUACCUGGCUGCAGAGAUGAUUGCGAAGGGCAGUGGUCAGACAAAGGAGGACGCUCUGAAGAGACUCGGGGUCAGUCCGCAAUGCGGCUUUGCGAGUCACGCGGAAGGUAACUUGAUAGAUACAGAGGUGAUGAAGAAGAAAUUAGCGCUCGUAAGGCACAUUGCGGAGGAGAUCUGGCCCGGCGAGCUUUAG